GCUUGCAGUGUAAUUAGCAAACAGAGCACUCACUUCACUUUACUCCCCUUGCUUUUUUCUUAACCUUGCUCGCUGGACUAGUGGCGAUAUACGCGAGGCUUGCUUUUGUGUGUGUGUGUAAAUGUAUGCUAUCAAAUUAAACCUGAAGACCAGCUUACCAAUCGCCGUGUGUAUGGGUUCGGUGACUUUCCUCUGAAAUUACAUGGAAAGUGCAAAAAAAAAGUAUUGAUCACUGAUCGAAAUCUGUUAUGUUGCUAGCUGGAGAGAAAGGUUAUGAAGGAAGAAUGGAGUUCCCAGACCAUAGCCGCCAGUUGCUGCAGUGUCUGAGUCAGCAGCGUCACCAAGGCUUCCUCUGUGACUGUACUGUUCUCGUCGGAGAGGCGCGAUUCAAAGCCCAUAGAGCUGUGCUGGCCUCGUGCAGCAUGUACUUCCAUCUCUUCUACAGGGACCAGCUAGACAAAAGGGACGUUGUGCAUCUGAACAGUGACAUUGUGACAGCCCCGGCUUUCAGCCUGCUCCUUGAAUUUAUGUAUGAGGGGAAGCUGGAAUUCAGCACCCUGCCUGUGGAGGAUGUUCUGGCGGCUGCCAGCUACCUUCACAUGUACGACAUUGUAAAAGUGUGCAAAGGCAAGCUAAAAGAUAAGGAGCUGUGCUCUUUGGAUGAAAAGAUUAAGGACAGGAUAGCGCUCAGCUGCCUGGAAAAAGAGAACUCUUCAGACGGAGAGCAUCUAAAGCAGCAGCAACAGCAGCAGCAGCAGCAGCAGCCGCCCACAGCAGAUGAAUUUGACACAGACAACGGGGAAGUGAGGCUGGCUGUCACGGAUUGUGAAAGGUCUGCACAGUGCAGGCAGAAGGCGAACGGUCACCCUGGCGGGUCCCUGGACCUUGUAGGUGUCAAUUAUGUGUCAGCUGAGGCCGAGUCCUGCGUCCGAACAGCUGGAAAAACAAAAGCUGAUGUCAGUAGUUCCACGGCAUCUCUGUCCCAGAGGUCCCGGGCUUCAGAUGACACGGACUGCGCUCUGGAUUUGUCUUUCAAGCCUCUGUCUAGCAGAGAUUCCUUACACCCCUCCUAUGUCUCGGGACAGCUGGCUUUCGACAGCCAGCAGCAGGGCACCGAGCCACUUGUUAAAGACGAACACGACUUGCUGUCAGAGCAGGAGGACAGUGAGCCGAUGAGCCCGGAGAGCCAGCGCUUUGGGAAUAGUGCCAGGAGCUCAGUGGUGACAGGGUUCGCUGCCCUCUUCCCAGGCAACAACGGCUCCUCGGCGGCUCUGCUCUCCCGGGAGGAUGACUUGAUGGAGCAGGAAGGAGGGGGGGGAGCCGGCGGAGGUGGCGGAGGGGAAGAGGGGGGGGCGCUUGGGGGGAGCGAGGAGGAAGAGGAGGACGACUUGGCCUCCUCGGACAUCUCCACCUCCAGCGGGGUGCUCCUGCCGCCCGGCCAGCAGAUCUGCGUUUGCCCGCUCUGCAGCAAGGUGUUCCCUAGCCCCCACGUCCUGCAGCUCCACCUCAGCUCGCACUUCCGCGAGAAGGACGGCCCGCGCUCCAAGCUGUCGCCCGACGGCUCGGUGCCCACCUGCUCGCAGUGCGGCAAGACCUUCUCCUGCAUGUACACGCUGAAGCGCCACGAACGGACGCACUCCGGGGAGAAGCCCUACACGUGCGCCCAGUGCGGCAAGAGCUUCCAGUACUCGCACAACCUGAGCCGCCACGCCGUGGUCCACACCCGCGAGAAGCCGCACGCCUGCAAGUGGUGCGAGCGGCGCUUCACCCAGUCCGGAGACCUUUACCGCCACAUCCGCAAGUUCCACUGCGGCCUGGUCAAGACACUGGCCAUCGGAUAAUCCAUCUCCGCGCGCCACAGGGAGGACGGAGUGGUUUUACACACCUGUAACGGAAUGCCACUAUGUAAAGCCUGUACAUAUGAAAACCUGUCAGGGGUGUCACUAAUUGAGAAUCACGAUAGACAAGGAGGCCCUGCAGACGUCUUGUUUUACAAAGCAGCGUAGCAGCAUUCAAUCAACUAAAUUAACAGGGAGCACCUCAACUAUAGCAGUCGGAACGUUUAUUGGACUUGAAUUUAUCUUUUGAGAAACUUCCAGUAAGCAUUUAUCUGUUGGGAACUGGUCAACACCAGCAGGCAAAGUUUCUCCAUCCAUGACAGGUUGUGGAGAAAUGCUCUGCCCUGUCUUUCUUUCUUUUUUUGUCCCCUGCAGGCGCAGGGCUCCACAGUUUAAAAUGCCAAGAGCACAAGAUUUAGUGAUGAGGAAGAGCAAACCACAGAUUCGCUAGUCGGUGUACAGCAACACCUCCAUCACUAGGGCUUGUGUAAAUUGAACAAAAAAAGUCUAGGAAAUCACAACCGGUCCAAUUGUGGUAAUCUAUUGCUGAUCUUUGUUUUCCAUAUUAUUUAUAAUUUUUUAAUUUAAGAAAUAUACCGAUAUGAGGGUUGUUUAAAUGGAAUCAGUAGCACUGGGCUUAUGAUGAAUUACCAUAAUUGGUAGUUCCAGGAUACAAGUGCAAGAAGAAAAUAAUUCGAAGAGUUACAGUGUAAAGAAGGUGAAAGCACACCUAACAGGAUAGUAUUUCACUAUUUUUUUUUUCCACGCAGUGUGUUGAUGUUUAUUUAUAGGAUGUGUUCUGUGACCCCUUUCACUGAAUCUGCAGCUGGUAGCUUAAACAAAAAGCCAGUGAGAUUUCUUCUUUAAAAAUUCAUUUUGUGCAAGAUCUAGAAAGGCCUGGAUAUACUUCUGGAGCCUUUAAAAGGAGUUUAUUUAAAGUCCUCGCAUUCCUGUCCUUACUGUGAAUUAAUGAUCCUGGAAGCAUGCACUAGAAAGAAUAGUUAAGACAAUGCUGAGAAAUUGAAUGCUGCUGUGCUUUAUGGCUUGACUCGGUUGAAAUGGAGAACAAAACAAUAUAUUUGGCUAUGGUGACAUUGCCUGCUGUACUGACGCAUAUGCUGAGUAUGAAAACUGACCCAGAUGCGUCUUUAUCUGCUUUUAUGGUACGUGUUUAUCAGUCAAAAAGAACUUGUAUAGGAUCUUGUAUAUUUGUACACGCAUAUAAGUCUUCUCGGAAAGCUGCAGUAUAUUAUAUAAUUUGUUCUUAUUCUCUGACCUGUCUAAAGCAUUUGUUUUGCCACCUGUUGCCAGUGGUUAAAGUAUCUCGGUAUCUCUCCAGGUUUUGAGUAAGUUACAGUCUAUAUGAUAUACUACAGCUAGAAAACUACUGAACUCAGUUAAUUCUGCACAUAGUCUGAGCAACUCUAGUGGACUUAACUUAAUUUCACAAAUUGGCAAGUUAUCUUUUGAGCCUUUUUGGUCAGUACUGUGGAUGCGUUAGAACUGUUUUUGGAUUCACUUUAAUUUUCCUUGUGUGAGAUGCUACAAGAGCUGGAUAUAGCACUAAAAUUAAACUAAGUUAUUUUCUUUUUAUCUUUCCUGAUAAAACUUGAUAUAGUAUUUAUUAGAUUUUUGUUUUGGUUCAGGGUUUACUAGAGUAUGAUGCUUAGUAUUACUUUUUAUUUACAAUAUCAAAGCACACUGAUAUAUCUUUUUUUUAUUUUAAUAGAUACAACACACUUAGCUUGAGUUCUUAUGCAUGACUAAUUGAGAAUCUUGGCUUGUUCAAUGAACAUACAUUUUGAAGGACUGUUUAGCUCCCGACACAGGUACUAACUUCAGUGGUGUCGGCUAAAAUCUGAUUUUUUAUUUGCAAUAUAUCAAUACUGUAAUGUGAAUCACCUCUUUAGUGGUGUCGUAUUCAGUGAUAAAGAUCAAACAUCUUAAAUGAAACUUUUAAGAUCUGCUACCCAAGAAACAAAAAAAGCACUUGUUUUGAGUAUGCAUAUAUUACAUUCUCAAAGUGUUGCUUCAUUACCCAAGACCUGUAUAGGCUGCUAUUAAAAAAAAUAUUCUUAAAUAUUUUUUAAGUUACAAUAGCCUGCAGUCUUUCCUUUUUUAUUUACCUCCCAACGUGCAGGUUUUAGAUGAACAAAAUUUCUAGAGGCACAGUCUUCAGAGACUUUCAAACACGCUGUGGUAGCUUCUUCCUAAGCUUCUCUCUUCUUCCUAAAGGGUUUAAGGCUCUUAAGGCUCAUUUAUAAUGCUGCAGGCUCUUGUACUUAACUGCUGGAAACAAUACAGGGAAAAUAAGCAAUGGAUGCUUUAUCAGCUCAGACUGGCAAAACAAAAGACAGCAAGAGAAAAACAGCUCAUUUGAAAGAGAAUAAUGGACGCUUUGGGUUAGUAGACCUUAGUUUCUGAAUAUCUCUAUAGAAAACAAACUUUCCUAUGUUCCCAUCAUAGGUAUUUUGGAACUUUGUGUGCCCUUAUUUUCUUCACUUUUAUGAUUUAGAAUGUACUUUAAUGACUGUAUUUUUCUCCUCUGCUAAGGAGAAACUCCUUGCACUUCUUAUUUUUUGUUAAAAAGAAUGAACUUCUUGGAGUGAGGGAUUUAUUUGAACGGAGAACUGAACAAUUGUAACUGCUGACUUUUUUUUUUCAUUUCACCGCAUCUACUUUGAUCACCGUGAUCUACUUUUUUUUCCAGGCAUGUUUAAGAGAAGUGCUUUGUUGUACCACUUUGAAUAAAGAUUGCACACUAAAAGAAGUUACAUUGAACUUCGAACACAAGUAACUGGAUUACAACUCUUUUAAUAUUUCGAAAUGAUCAGGUUUCUGAAAAUUAUCUAAAAACACUUUCAUUCAUAUAUUUAGAGUUGUUAUAGUGUAUUUGUAAAUAUUUUAAUUUCGGUACACCGUGGUAAUUAGAAAGUUAGGGGGAGAAAUGUAUUUAAAUGUACAAUAGAUUUAAGGGCUGUGUAUAUUACAGGUGAUGUUUUUUUUUUUUAGAAGGAAUGGUGCCUUGGAGUUAAGCAUUCAUCGAUCUACCCCUAGUUUUGACCCUAUGCUUGACUUGAGAGGAAAAUCCACUUUCAGAGUAUUUCCAUGAAAAGUGCUUAUUUGUUUCCUAAACAUUUUGAUCUCGUGAUUUCUCCAAAAUGUUUCUGUUUAUACUGUGUGCUAAUUGAACCCUGAACACACACAGGAGAGAAGUUUCAAUUAUUUUUUAACGAAGGAAGGAAAUAUCUUCUUUGAUGCAGCUAGUUUGCUCUAGUUUUUUCUUUGCUGAUUUUAAAAUGUUCACAUUUAGGAAAACAAAACUGUGAAUAUACAAAUUCUUUGUGUAGAGCGUAUCGGAGAUGGAUUAUGAUUGUCUGACUUUUUUAGCUUGUGUUUUUAUUUAUAUUUUCGGAAUUGUUCUAUGUGCCUUGUAGACACAAAGGGCCAAACUUCAUACAUGGAGUUUGAAUUCCUCAUCUCAUCUGUUUGCUGCAAAGUUAGAAUUCGAUCAAAGUGCUGAAUUUGGUCCCUACCCUAAUGUAAAAAAAGCAUGUGGUGUUCUGUUAAACACCAUUAUAAGAUAUGACAAUUUUAACAGAAUAAAAUUGCUUAAGCAGAACCAACAAAGUUGGUUUAUUUGAGAGGUUUUGAGUCACAUUGUGCUUAACUGAUUUUAGCCUUAUGUAUUUGAGAAGUACAUGCUUGUAACUGAGAGUAAUGUAUACCACAACUUUGAGGGCAGUACAUUGUGUAACAAACAAGCCUUAAACACAAACGCAUAAAAUGAAUGUGUCUACAUGUGGCUCAGUAGGAUUUUAAGGGGUUAAAGGUGAAACACUGGAGUACAGAUUCAUAGAGUAAUUGUGGCAGUAACUGCUAGAGCAUCCCUUGCACCUUGCAGCUUAGGGAUGUUAUAUUAAUUUUUAACUUAGUCUUUUAAGUUAAAAAAAUGAAAUGUGUAUAUGUAUAUUAAAACUGGAAUCUUGUCUACUGCAGUUAAGGUCCACACUGUGAAAUUGUGUAUAAUCAUGAAAAGUAUUUAUUGUUUGUUUCUUGUGCAGAAAUUUUACUGUAUCUCAGAAUUUUGAUGUGUACAAUGAAAGCUACUACUAAAUGUCAAUGGAAAUUUUUUAUAGAAUUUGUAGAAGUGCCACUAGAGUUGAAUAUAAUUUUUUUAUAAGAAAAGUCUAUUUUCUAGAAAACAAAUGCUUCAGUGUUAGUGCUUUAUAGGCUAUAGAGGACAAUCGGAAUGCUACAAAAAGGCAUUGCUUAGGUCUGUUGGCGCUUAUUUUAAUUUGUGUGAAUUUGUGUUCGCAUUUUUGAGUGUGCGCGUGCGUGGGAGUGUGUAUGUGUGCUGUGGAACUGUGACAAUCCUGAUUUAGGCCUGUUUUGUCCUUAGUUUUGCAUAAAUUAAAAAAGAAUCAACCGGG